GAGAGAGAGAGAGAGAGAGAGAGAGAGAGAGGGAGGGAAAGCAGGAUAAUGGCUAAAAAUCUGAGAGAAAGGUAGAGGGAGAGAGAAGGAUACACAGUUAUUGAGAGAGAGAUAGACAGAGAGGCAGACGGACAGACUAAGAGGCGACAGGUUUGUCUGCUACCAUGGACUACCAAGCAAAGAAGACCAAGAAGGGUUUUACCUCCCCCAUCCGCAGGCUGGUGUUCUCGCGGUCGGGGCGGAGGCAGGCGGGGGCGGAGCGGGGGGGCGGGGUCUACCGCCGACCCCUCCACACCCUCCCCCUCUACCCCCCCGACUACCUCAUCCACCCGGAGAGACUCAUCUUCGACUACGUAGAGAAGGAGGUCAAGUUCCUGGGUCACCUGACCUGGGUGUCCUGCUCCCUGAACCCCUCGAGCAGGGACGAGCUGCUGCAGCUGCUGGACACCGCCAGGCAGUUGAAGGUGCUCCCCCUGAAGACCAGUGCUGAGCAGGACUGCAUCCUGAGUCUGUCGGCCCGCUGCCUGCUGCUCACCUGGAGGGACAACGAGAAGCUGCUGCUCCGCAUGCCCACCCACGAGAUCGCUGCGGCCUCCUACCUGAGGGACGACGCCAUGCACCUGCUGGUGCUCAAGACAGGGCUCAACGUGGACACCAUGGUUGCCGGGGACGACAGCCUGGAGCGAAGGAAACCCGUAGGAGUCGAUGGGCGUCGCCAGACGGUCAGCUGCAACGCGGACCCGCGGCCAGCAGGGGGCACCAUGGAGCGCAGACACACCAUCUGUGGGGUGGACUGGAGGACCUCCCUCUCCCGGGGCAACCACGACAAGGAGAGGAGAGGAGGAGGAGCCGGAGGAGGAGGUGGAGCAGCAGCAGCAGCAGCGGCAGCAGCAGCGGCAGCAGCAGCAGCAGCAGCAGCAGCGGGAGGAGCAGGGGGAGGAGGGGGGAGUCUGGAGAGGCGGCGGGUGGGGGGGAGUUUAGAGAGGAGGCCGCCGCCGCCGCGGAAGGCCGGGGGGAGCUGGGAGACCCGGGGCGGCCGGCCCGUGAGCGGGAGCUGGGGGGUGGGCGGGGCGGGAGGGGGGGGAGGAGGGGGAGUGGGGGGGAGCUGGGAGAAGAGGGGGGUGGGGGGCAGCUGGGAGCGGCGGCAUGCCUGCACCGGGAGCUGGGAGCGGGGGAAGAGCUACGGCAGCUGGGAGCGGAGGAACCACAACCCGCUGGAGCCCACGCCCUGCCCUGACGCCUACUGCAACCUGGUGGUGCUGAGCACCGAGACCCGGGAUGCAGCAGAGGAGUACUGCUCCCUGAUCUGCCAGAUGUUCCAGAUCAUCUACGGCCACCAGACCAUUGAGUGUGUGGACAGGGCGGGCUUCCACUACACCAUGCCCCACCGCUAUUGGCUGCAGAGGAGUGACAGUUGUCUGACUGACAUGUCCUACAGCUAUGAUGCUGACUUCAGCUGCUGCAGCUCCUACGACGGAUCCCAGGACGCCUAUGAUGUGUACUACAGUGAGUCGUACAGCGACACCUCCUCUCACCAUAGCAACGGCCCCGACUCCGACCCCGCCCUCAUGCUCAUGCACGACUACAUGCUAACCCUGCGCAGCCGCCUGGCCCCAGAGGAGCUGCAGCGCUUCGCCCUGCUGCUCAGGGAGUACCGUCUGGGCUCCUCCAUCAGCCUCUUCUGCUCCGACCUGCUGGAGCUCUACGGGGACACCCACAAGUUCCUCCUGCUGGGGAUGCGUGCGUUCAUCCCAGACAAGGACGUUGAGGUGUUUGAGAGUUUCCUCGAGAGCAUCGGCAUCAGGGAAGGCGGGAUUCUAACCGACAGCUUUGGACGCAUCAAGCGCAACCGGAGUGUGAUGGAAGCCCCGCCCACAGGGUGUGACAGCUACUCCCUGAUGUCCGGCUCCCAGGAUUUCAACCGACGCCUCAGUGACAUCACACACGACGUGGAGGCGCUCGGCUUCCAGGAAACACACGGAGACAUAGAAGAAGAAGACUACUACCUUUAAUAGAGACACAGAAGAAGAAGACUGCUACCUUUAAUAGAGACACAAAAGAAGAAGAAUACUACCUCACUAAAGAGAGAGAGAGACUACUAUAUUGAAGAGAGAGAGAGAGAGAGAGAGAGAGAGAGAGAGAGAGAGAGA